CUCUGACGUGUUAUUGGAUAUGGUUGGGGAGGAAGCUGUGUCUCCAGCCACAGUUUGUCUUAUCUCUUUCUCUGUAUCUAGCGAGUUACACUACAAGUAGUUUAUUGGGUUUGUGUGUGUCGCAGGGUGUGGAUGGUAUACACUGUUGAAAUGGGGGAGGAUUGGUGGCUUUCCAGGAAUGCAGAGUCACGGCAAGAAACAAGGCUUCUCAUGUCAAACUAAUUUAAUUUAUAGUAAACGUAUUAAGCCUGCGUUUGGCGGUUUGGCAAUUUGUCUCUGGAAAUCCGUAAAUUAGUCUAAAUUAAACUGGCCAGUCAGGCGUGCAUACGCAGCAAAAUUCCUAGACUUUUCUUAUUGACCCUUCGAUAAUUCCUAUGAAAACAGGAUUUAUUCACGCUGAAAACAAAUCGAACUGUGGGUACGACAGGCGCGUAAAUGACGUUUGGAGUGACUUUCGUCUGUUUAACAUCACACUGUCUGCUCACAUUCCUGGGAGAAUCACGUAACCGGGUCUUAGGGUACCCAGGAGCGGUCAGACACAUCUGAUGGCCGCGGGUGUCCCAGGGAGAUCACCGAGACCAAAAUGUCCGAGGUGCAGGGAGAUGAAAGCAGGCAGGGCUGCCCUUUCUCUCCAGCGCGAUGUCUCACCCACAACAAAUAAAGCGCAGUGUACGAUAAAGGGAAGUUGGGCGACCAGCACGUGUAUUCCAGUGAGUAAAGCAAAAUGCAAGAAAGUAAGAAGGAAACUAGCAGACUAGAUGCUGCUACAGUUGCCAAUGCCCCUAGCUUCUCUGUGUGCCCGGUGCGUCCAUAGUGCAUUAAAAUAAAGACAAACAGUAAUUCCGUACUGGGCGGUCCGUUUGCAUAAGGAGCGGACGGAUGCCCUGCCCAGCCCGAGGCGCAGCGCGCUCGCCAUACAUUAAUCACUGUAGCCUCCGACCUGCUCAAGCUCCGGCAGCAGCUGCCUUCCGCUUCAUAAGGUGAAUCCUGCCCCAGGGGCCGUGUGCUAGCCAUGCUGCGCCCAGCCGAGUCCACGACCAGCACCCUGCACCUGGUAGCUACAGACAUGACUGAGAUCAUGGAGAACCUGGACACACGAGAACUGGCUUUUGGUGAUGGCGAGGAGGCGGAGAUUGACAACACCGACUGCGGUCACACUGACCCAUGGCUCCCCUUCUCAGCCAUCUACAAUACCACGGGUUUCAAGGAGACGGGGGCUGUCGUGUUCCUCAACAAGUUGCCCAUCACUGCUAAGAUCCUAGAGGUGGAGCGCUUCACCACGGCCCAGGAACGCCUCAAGGCCAGCCACCAGAGGAGCGUCUCCAAGGUUCCAGCUGUGUUCCGGAUUGAGCUCAGGCAUGGCUCCUUCACCUGGCUGGUGAAACGUAAGGAAAAGCACUUUCUGGAGCUCCACCGUGAGCUGCUGCGCUACAAGACCUUUCUGAGGAUCCCCCUACCGUCCCGCAGCCACACAGUUCGGCGCCAAACUGUGAAGCGGAGCGAGGUGCGGCAAAUGCCCACUCUACCACGGGGCGGGGGCGAGGACCUGGUGCGGGAGGAGCAGGUGUCCAGCAGGAAGAAACAACUGGAAGACUACUUGAAUAAGUUGCUCAAAAUGCCUGUGUACCGCAAUUACCAUGCUACAAUGGAGUUCAUUGACGUGAGCCAGAUGUCCUUCGUUGGUGAUUUGGGUCCAAAAGGCCUGGAAGGCAUGGUCCAGAAGAGGUCUGGAGGCCAUCGUAUCCCCGGUUUGAAUUGCUGCGGCCACACCAAAGCGUGCUACCGCUGGUCCAAGCGGUGGCUGGUGGUCAAAGAUUCAUUCCUGUUUUACAUGAAACCUGACUCUGGCGCCAUCUCCUUCGUCCUCCUGGUGGAUAAGAAGUUUAGCAUCAAGAUGGACUCCAAAGACACGGAGACCAAGCAUGGAGUUCGCAUCGACAGCUUGUCCAGGACACUGGUGCUGAAGUUUUCCAGCUACCGGCAUGCGCGUUGGUGGGGGCAGACCAUCGAGGACUUUGUGCAGAGGCACGGACAGGCGUUCCUGCAGGACCACCGCUUCGGGUCCUUCGCCAGGGAGGAGGAGAACACCCUGGCCAAAUGGUACAUCAACGGGAAAUCCUAUAUGGAGGAUGUAGCCAACGCGCUUGAAGCAGCGAAAGAGGAAAUCUUCAUAACUGAUUGGUGGCUGAGCCCAGAGAUCUUCCUGAAGCGACCGGUGAUGGAGGGCAACCGCUGGCGACUGGAUUGCCUCCUCAAACGCAAGGCGCAACAAGGUGUGCGGGUCUUCGUGAUGCUGUACAAGGAGGUGGAGCUCGCACUGGGCAUCAACAGUGAGUACAGCAAGCGGACACUGCGGCACCUGCACGCCAACAUUAAGGUUAUGCGGCACCCCGACCACGUCCAAUCCGCUGUCUUGCUGUGGGCACACCAUGAGAAGAUCGUUGUCAUCGACCAAUCGGUGGCCUUUGUGGGCGGGAUUGACCUGGCCUAUGGGCGGUGGGACGACCAGGAGCAUCGACUGACAGAUGUGGGGAGUGUCACACGCUCGCUGGCCUCGAGCGGCUUCGACACCCCCUCGUCCACUGCAGCCGUGUCGUCAUGCGACAGCACUGCAGCAGCCCAGAGAAACGGCAAGAGCGCCGCCCCAGUGGACACGGUGGACCAGCCACGGCUGAGGGGCACAGCCCGGAGCCGGUUCAACCUCUACAGACACCUGCACAGACACGGACUACCGUCGGCCGACAGCGUUAGCAGCCUGGAAAGUUCUGAGGAUAGUGGUUCGAACACCAUUAGUAGCCGAAGGAAUCUGAUCCCAAGUUGGCGGGCGGUAUUGAGAGUGGUCCUGCCUCUGGGUGGGGUGCAGGCGGAGACGGGGUCCACACAGAGUCUGCAGACAGGCGUGGGCCAGCUCAUUGGAAACACACGCUUCUGGCAUGGGAAGGACUACUGUAACUUUGUGCACAAAGAUUGGAUCCAGCUGGACAAGCCCUUCGACGACUUCAUCGACAGACACAUGACUCCCCGCAUGCCCUGGCAUGACAUCGCCUCGGUCGUUCAUGGGAAGGCGGCACGCGAUGUGGCCCGGCAUUUCAUCCAGCGCUGGAACUUCACCAAGAUUGUGAAGCCCAAAUACCGCUCUCUUUCAUACCCGUACCUGCUGCCCAAAUCACACAGCACAGCUGGCGAACUGAAGUACACUGUGCCGGACUGUGUGCUCACCAAAGUACAGGUGCUCAGAUCGGCUGCUGAUUGGUCAGCUGGCAUCAAGUACCAUGAGGAGUCCAUCCAUAAUGCCUACGUUCACGCCAUCACUAACAGCAAGCACUACAUCUAUAUCGAGAACCAGUUCUUCAUCAGCUGUGCCGACAACAAGCACGUGUUCAACAAAAUCGGAGAUGCCAUCGUGGGACGGAUCAUCAAGGCGCACAGGGAGAACAAGAAGUAUCGCGUGUACGUGGUGACCCCGCUGCUGCCCGGGUUCGAGGGUGACAUCAACACCGGUGGGGGCAGUGCCCUCCAGGCUGUAAUGCACUUCAACUACAGGACGAUGAUCCGAGGCGACUACUCCAUUGUCUCACAGCUCAAGCAGGAGAUGGGGGACCAGUGGAUUAACUACAUCUCCUUUGGUGGGUUACGAACCCACGCCGAGCUGGAGGGCCGUCUGGUGACAGAGCUAAUAUACGUGCACAGCAAGAUGCUCAUCGUCGACGACAACACCGUCAUCAUCGGCUCCGCCAACAUCAAUGACCGGAGCAUGCUGGGAAAGCGCGACAGCGAGGUGGCCGUCAUCGUGGAAGACACAGAGACAGUGGCCGUGGUCAUGGAUGGCCAGGAGUACCAGGCGGGGAGGUUCGGCCUGCAGCUGCGUCUGGAGUGCUUCAGGAUCAUCUUGGGCGCCCUCACGGACCCCUCCAUUGACGUGUCCGACCCUGUGAGCGACCGCUUCUACAAAGAGGUGUGGAUGGCAACUGCAGCCCGUAAUGCAACCAUCUACCAGAAGGUGUUCCGCUGCCUGCCCUCCAGUGAUGUAAGAAACAUGAUGGAGCUGGAGACAUUUCUGUCCAAGUCGGGCCUGGACAAGGAGGACCCAGGCCGAGCGCAGGAGGAGCUCAAGAAGAUCCGUGGCUUCCUGGUCCAGUUCCCCUUACACUUCCUAAGCGAGCAGAACCUGCUUCCCUCGGUGGGCUCCAAGGAGGCCAUGGUACCCAUGGAGAUCUGGACCUGAGGCAAUACCAGCCAUAUGACAUCCUCAUCUCCAAAACCAUAUGAUGGAAUGGAAAAAUGAAGAGGCCUCAGGACCUAGGAUCCUGCCCUGGAGGUGUCCACAAAGACCACGCCCAGAAACGUGCAUAUUUAUUAUAUCUAAUAUAAUUUUACUGAUACUGACCACUAACACUAUGCAAACCUGAUCUUACGUGAUUUCUGUUAUGAGGAUUUUUUUAGGGAGUAUAUCGUUCGUGAAAGAGCUGCUGAAAUAAGCCUCGGCCCUUACCCUGCCGCAUGCGCUCGGAUUCCUGUAUGAUGCAGCCUCACUUUCUGGAUGCCACCCCCUGCUUUUUCAUGAACUUUAUCUUAUUUGGGGGCUGACAGUGUGGCCUGUCUCUGGGCUGAAGCUGCAUUUUUCCUGGGAUUGGUGGAGGGUUCCUGCUUCACGGUGGGUUUUUGGAGACUUACAGCACCCGAGAAGGUCCGUCUCAUGGUCCGUCAUCUGUCUCCAAGCGGAGAACAGAGAUUUCUGUUUGGUGCUCUGAAUCAUGUAACCGCACCAAGAUGAUCUGCUGGGCUAAUUUGUCCUGCUCCUGACUUCCUGCCUGACAUCUUGCCAUGCCCGCUGUUCUAUAUGCCAUGCGCAGUGUGAUGUUCUGCCCAGAGGGGGGCACCAUUGCACCUUGCUGUGGCUUCUUGCCCCACUCCCUGCUUCUUCAUGAGCUCAUGAGCUCUCUUUCCAGUGGACCUCAUGCUUCAUUUUUUGCCCAAAGUAUUUCUGUCCAGUAAAAACAAAAGGUUUCAACACUUCGUGCUGUUGACAGUUAUGAUAUUUCAGUCCCUUGGAUUCUCCUUAAUGCUUCAAGUGCACUUCUCAGACGUGCCACAGUGAGGAGCUUCUCGCGCAGCGUCGCAUGUCCCGACACGUCCUGCAUCGGUGCUCCCACCUGAAUGCACAGACGCUAUAGCAGCCAGUCCGACGGGACCCAAGCAGCCGAACUUCUCCACCUUUGAUCUGGACCUGGUUAAGAGCGUAAUUCACUCCAGCUUCAAUGGGUUUUAUGAUAGCAUUUGUCAUUCUCUCGAUGACAGCUGCUUGGUUAUUUGUAAAUAAUAUAAAUAAUAUGUUUGUAAA